UGUAUGGUCAAGGUUAUUCCUUCUCUUUCUAAGUGCCAACUUUGCCAUCAUGCGAGAGAUUGUUCAUCUACAGAUCGGACAGUGUGGAAAUCAGAUCGGCUCAAAGUUCUGGGAGGUGAUCACUGAUGAACAUGGCAUUAACAAAGUGGGAGCAUAUGAGGGUGACAUGGACCUUCAGUUAGAGAGGGUCAACGUUUACUUCAAUGAAGCACAUGGUGGGAAAUAUGUUCCAAGAGCCUUGUUAGUGGACCUCGAGCCAGGCACUCUGGACAAUGUGAGGGGCAGUCACACAGGACGACUCUUCAGACCAGACAAUUUUAUACACGGGAAUUCUGGAGCUGGCAAUAACUGGGCCAAAGGGCAUUAUACAGAAGGUGCAGAACUUGUGGAGCAAGUUGUGGAUCGCAUCCGUAACGAAGUUGAGAGCUGCGACUGCAUGCAGGGCUUUCAGUUUGUCCAUUCAUUGGGUGGUGGCACCGGUUCCGGAAUGGGUACUCUCAUCAUCAACAAGAUUCAAGAGGAGUAUCCCGACCGCAUGAUGAAUAGUUUUAGCAUAAUGCCCUCACCAAAGGUCUCAGAUACAGUAGUGGAGCCAUACAACGCAACACUAUCAGUUCACCAACUAAUUGAAAAUACAGAUGAGACGUAUUGUAUCGAUAAUGAAGCGCUGUAUGACAUCUGCUUCCGCACGCUCAAGCUCACAAUGCCAACCUAUGGAGAUCUCAACCACCUGGUAUCCUUAACCAUGAGCGGGGUCACGACCUCCCUUCGCUUCCCAGGUCAACUGAACGCUGACCUUCGCAAGCUGGCUGUCAAUAUGGUGCCCUUCCCACGUCUCCAUUUCUUCAUGCCUGGUUUUGCUCCUCUUACGGCACGUGGGAGCCAGAAAUAUCGUGCCCUUACAGUGCCCGAACUCACCCAGCAGAUGUUUGAUGCCCGUAACAUGAUGACCGCAUGUGACCCCCGUCGAGGUCGCUACCUGACCGUGGCGAGCAUUUUCCGUGGUCGCAUGUCUCCCAAAGAGAUUGAUGAACAAAUGCUUGCAAUUCAGCAGAAGAAUAGCAACUGCUUCGUGGACUGGAUCCCGCAAAACGUCAAAGUGGCUGUUUGCGAUAUUCCACCACGUGGCCUCAAAAUGUCCUCUACUUUUAUUGGAAAUAACACCACAAUCCAGGAGAUAUUUAAGCGUAUAGGGGAGCAGUUCACGUUGAUGUUCAGACGCAAGGCCUUCCUGCACUGGUACACGGGGGAGGGAAUGGAUGAGCUGGAGUUCACGGAGGCAGAGAACAACAUGAAUGAUCUGGUUUCAGAGUACCAGCAAUAUCAGGAUGCCACAGCUGAUCUGGAUUGGGAAGAAGAUGAAGUGGCAGAAGAAGAGGGUCUGUCAUCAACAGCAAUUAGCACCAGAGUAGAGAUAAAGUCUGAGGUGGUCACUGAAACUUCUAUCAAUGAAUGAGGUGCAGGCUUUGCUGAAUAUGUUAAACUGAGUGGGAAUCUUUUACAACGAAAAGUGAUAUAUUUCUUACCUCCAGGAGAUAAAUCAUUAACAUUUUAUUAAUUAAAUUCCAAAAAUAUUUUCAAGCAGAUGUAUACAUGUGUAUAGACUUUGUCAUAUAUUCUGCAGUUAACAAAGUGCAUGCCAAUAUCUCUGGAGUACAAAAAAAAAAAAAAGCUACACCUGUUUGUUCUGUAAUUAUGCAAAAUUAAAGAAACAGUCUGAAAAAAAUUUGAAACAAUUGACAUAUUCAAUAAGAUCCCCCCCCCCCCAUGUGUGACAUAAGUAUACAGGCAGUUUUAAACACUUCUGUCAUUGUUUUUUUGUUGAUGGAAAAGAUGAGCUUCACAUCUUUGUGUAUUGCCUGGUUUUUGUAUUAUCAUUUGAUGGACACAUAAAUUAUAUUUUAGAUUAGCAAUUUUCUAACUUCAAUGUCAAUCAUUUAGACCAUGUAAUAAGUAAACAAAAUUAGUCACUAAAAACUAUUAUUUCAGUGCAUUAUAUUUUUGAUGCAAGUGCUUUGUAUUAGAUUAUUCAUAUUUUUGUUGACUUUCAAUUUUAUGUUUAUAUUCUCGAAGAAAAUGCAUGAAGGGACGUUUUGCAUUUUGAUAUUUAGGGUGGCCGAUAGGUUGUCUUUUCAUUGGACUGGUAAGAGGGUGUACAAAGGGGGGCUGCUGUAUUGCCGAAUUUUUAAAGGUAGGUGUAGGGAUGGGCUUUAGGGAUAGGGGCCAACACGUAGUGGGGAGUCAGAAUCUAG